AUAAAGAGAACGAAGAAGAAGAAGAAAGAAGACAGCUUUGGUUUUCUCGCCAUUGAAAUCUCAAACUGCCGUAACUUCUCUCAGUAUCAGCAUCUGUUGCAGCUUCAGCUGAGUGUAUCAAUGGCUAUGAGUGGUUUGGUUUCGAACCGCAACUUUUCUACUUCUUUCAUUGCCUCAGGAAAUGUAUAUAGAUCUGGAAAGGAUCUGUCACUUCAGAGAGGGGGAAUUUCUGGAGUAUCUCAUUUUUCAAGAUGCCAGCCCAGGAUGCAUUUUCAAACUAACUCCCCGUUGGAAGAGACAGUUUCAGGACAGACACUCGCAUUUCGCAGUGAAGCAGCAGAGCAUUGUUCUUCAGUAUCAAGGCAAUCUGCUCGCCGUAUGAACUUUAAACUAAAGGCUGGUAGAAGAAGUCAGUCCUACAUUUCUUCAGCUCCCUAUGGAAGAGGCAAUAUUGAACAAAGGGCGGUACGUGGACUAGGUUUGAGCAAGAGGAACCACAUUAAGGAAAAUAAGAUCCGUGUUUUCUACAAGUCUGAGGAAUAUGACAUUACAGAGGCAAAUAUGGAUUCUCUGCCAUCAGCUGAAGGGACAGGUGAAGCCAUUCUAUUGGGAGGAAAUCUUCAACAAGUGUCUCCUUGGUGGCAGCAGUUUCCUAAGCGCUGGGUUAUUGUACUGCUAUGUUUUGCAGCAUUCCUGCUGUGUAACAUGGAUCGUGUAAAUAUGAGCAUAGCAAUACUUCCAAUGUCACAAGAGUUCAACUGGAACAGUGCAACAGUUGGCCUAAUUCAGUCGUCCUUUUUCUGGGGUUAUCUACUUACUCAGAUCCUUGGUGGCAUAUGGGCAGACAAACUUGGUGGAAAGCUAGUGCUAGGUUUUGGAGUUGUGUGGUGGUCAAUAGCUACGAUUUUAACUCCUAUUGCUGCAAGACUUGGGCUGCCUUUUCUGCUUGUUAUGCGUGCCUUUAUGGGAAUUGGCGAGGGUGUUGCUAUGCCUGCAAUGAAUAAUCUGCUUUCCAAGUGGAUUCCUGUUUCUGAGAGAAGCAGGUCGCUUGCCUUCGUAUACAGUGGCAUGUACCUUGGUUCCGUCACAGGCUUGGCAUUCUCACCUAUACUAAUCCAGAAAUUCGGGUGGCCAUCAGUGUUUUACUCAUUUGGAUCCCUUGGAAGUAUCUGGUUCGCCUUAUGGUUGAAAAAAUCAUAUAGCUCACCAACAGAAGACCCAGAUGUUGCACCAGAGGAGAAAAGGCUCAUACUUGGAGGCAGUAUAUCCAAAGAAGCCGUGACAGUUAUUCCGUGGAAACUAAUUUUAUCAAAGCCACCUGUAUGGGCUUUAAUUAUAUCUCACUUUUGCCACAAUUGGGGAACAUUUAUUCUAUUAACCUGGAUGCCUACUUACUACAAUCAGGUUCUGAAGUUCAACCUUACGGAAUCUGGCCUCUUAUGUGUCCUGCCAUGGUUGACAAUGGCUGUUUUUGCAAAUAUAGGAGGCUGGAUUGCUGACACUCUUGUGAGCAAAGGCCUUUCCAUCACAAAUGUUCGAAAGAUCAUGCAAACAAUUGGGUUUCUGGGUCCCGCCAUUUUUCUUACACAGCUCAGCCAUGUUAGAACACCAGCUUUGGCAGUACUGUGCAUGGCUUGCAGUCAGGGAUCUGAUGCAUUCUCACAAUCUGGUCUAUAUUCAAACCAUCAAGACAUUGGACCACGCUAUGCUGGUGUAUUGCUAGGACUGUCAAACACCGCAGGUGUACUCGCCGGUGUCUUCGGUACAGCUGCAACUGGAUUCAUACUCCAACGAGGUUCUUGGAAUGAUGUAUUUAAGGUUGCUGUUGUGUUGUACAUAAUAGGCACAUUGGUCUGGAACAUCUUUUCAACUGGAGAAAAAGUUCUUGACUAAAAUCAAAGCAGUGAUGUUAAAUGAAGAGAGGUAUCAACAGUAGAUGGAAUUAAAAUCAGAUGACAAAAAGCAUGUCAAAAUCAAUUGGAAGAGGAGGAAGAAACAGUGAAACACCCUGCUGAAAAACAUAGAAGAGACACAGAUUUUGGACCCAAAAAAAUAGCUAGGCCAUUAUAUUAUUAUUUUCUCCCAGAAUUCUUGGAUAAUGAAUUAACUUGGCACCUUUUGCAUGUGCCUUGUACCAUCAUCUAAUUAUGCUUUGUGUAUAGAUAGUUGAAGGGUAGUUUCCAACUGUAUAAUUUUCAUUUAAGCAUACUUAUGCUUAAAAGGAAAAAUACAUGUUAUAUGAGUAAUUCUACCACAUCAUACCUGACUUGGAAAUAGAUGCAAUGUUAUCUUGUAUCUAUCUACAUUUGUUUAUCCCACUAUUGGUAGUUCAAUUUUGUGCAC